GAGACGCGCCGACGCGCUUUCUUUCUUCGAUUAUUCAUUCUAUCUUCUUCAACCUCCUCCCACUUCUCCACUCUGUCAAAAACCCAUUCGUUUUUUAUUUGUGCUGUAACGUUACAACCCCAACAAGUUAUCUUUCUCUCUCUAUCUUCAUUUUGUCACCCAAAGCUCUACAAAUUUCAAAAAAAGAAAAAAAAAAAAAAAAAAAAGAACUUAAAGUUACAGGAGAAUAUACAGAGCUACGGUAACUACCAUUUCAUGAGCAUCCGUCAGCGUCAUCAAUCGGGCCGUGGGCAUGCGGUGGCGCAGCAUCGGAACGAUCCAGAUACCGAACCCUACAACAUAAUACCCGUCCACAACCUCUUAGCAGACCACCCUUCCCUCCGUUACCCCGAGGUACGCGCCGCCGCAGCAGCUCUACGCGCCGUCGGGGACCUGAGGAGACCGCCUUACGCCCAAUGGCUUCCACACAUGGACCUCCUAGACUGGCUCGCCCUCCUCUUCGGCUUCCAAAACGACAACGUUCGGAACCAGAGGGAGCACCUCGUCCUCCACUUAGCCAAUGCCCAGAUGCGGCUCACGCCGCCGCCGGACAACAUCGACACGCUGGAUGCCGGCGUUCUGAGGCGGUUCCGGAAGAAGCUGCUGAAGAAUUACACUAGCUGGUGCUCUUACCUUGGGAAGAAGUCCAACAUUUGGAUCUCCGAUCGCCGGGAAUCCGCACAAGACCAGCGGAGGGAGCUUCUGUAUGUUUCUCUGUACCUUCUCAUCUGGGGUGAGUCUGCUAACCUUCGAUUUAUGCCCGAGUGUCUGUGUUACAUAUUUCAUCAUAUGGCUAUGGAAUUGAAUAAGAUUCUGGAGGGUUAUAUCGAUGAGAACACGGGUCAGCCUGUGUUGCCGUCGAUUUCAGGUGAGAAUGCGUUCUUGAACUGUGUUGUUAAACCCAUUUACAACACGAUUAGAGAUGAGGUUGAGAGCAGUAAGAAUGGGACUGCCCCACAUCGUGAUUGGAGGAAUUAUGAUGAUAUAAAUGAGUAUUUUUGGAGUAAGAGAUGCUUUCAGAAGUUGAAAUGGCCUAUUGAUGUCGGGAGCAAUUUCUUUGUGACCUCUAGUAGGAGUAAGCAUGUGGGUAAAACUGGGUUUGUGGAGGAGAGGUCGUUUUUGAACUUGUACAGGAGCUUUGACAGGCUUUGGGUUAUGCUAGUUUUGUUCCUUCAAGCAGCUAUUAUCAUUGCUUGGGAAGAGAAGGAGUACCCUUGGCAGGCGUUGAAGGAACGGGGUGCUCAGGUUCGGGCUUUGUCCAUAUUCUUGACUUGGAGUGCAUUGAGAUUCUUGCAGUCACUACUUGAUGUGCGGACGCAGUACAGUUUGGUAUCGUCAGAGACUCUGGGGCUUGGGUUUAGGAUGGUGAUGAAGAGUAUUGUUGCUUCCGUGUGGAUUGUGGUUUUCGGGGUGUUUUAUGGGAGGAUAUGGUCGCAGAGGAAUAAUGAUAGAAGAUGGUCAGCUGAGGCAGAUAGGAGGGUGGUGAAUUUUCUUUGGGUGGCACUGGUCUUUGUCAUUCCGGAGCUUUUGGCACUGGCUCUGUUUAUUAUUCCUUGGAUUCGGAAUUUCAUUGAGGAGACUAAUUGGAGGAUAUUUUAUUUACUAUCCUGGUGGUUUCAGAGUAGAACUUUUGUUGGUCGUGGCCUGAGGGAAGGUCUCAUGGACAAUAUAAAGUAUACUUUGUUUUGGGCUGCAGUGCUUGCUACAAAAUUUUGUUUCAGUUACUUCAUGCAGAUCAAACCUAUGAUUGCCCCAUCAAAAGAAUUAAUGAACCUUGACAAUGUGACAUAUGAGUGGCAUGAAUUUUUUGGAAGUGGCCAUAGAUUUGCUGUUGGGUUGCUGUGGCUUCCUGUUGUUUUGAUUUAUCUAAUGGAUUUGCAGAUUUGGUAUUCCAUUUAUUCCUCUUUUGUGGGGGCAGGAGUGGGGUUAUUUGCACACUUGGGUGAGAUUCGAAAUAUUCAACAAUUGAGGCUGAGGUUCCAGUUCUUUGCAAGUGCAAUUCAGUUCAAUCUCAUGCCAGAGGAGCAGCUGUUAAACACAAGGGGAACAUUGAAAAAUAAGUUCAAAGAUGCUAUCCGCCGGUUGAAGUUGAGGUAUGGUCUUGGACGGCCAUAUAAGAAGCUUGAAUCCAAUCAGGUUGAGGCAAACAAAUUUGCUUUAAUAUGGAAUGAGAUAAUUAUGAUUUUCAGAGAAGAAGAUAUUGUUUCUGACCGUGAGGUUGAGUUGUUGGAGGUUCCCCAGAAUUCUUGGAAUGUCAGGGUUAUUCGUUGGCCGUGUUUUCUUCUCUGCAAUGAGCUAUUGCUUGCCCUUAGUCAGGCCAAAGAAUUAGUAGACGCUCCUGAUAAGUGGCUUUGGUAUAAGAUAUGCAAGAAUGAGUACAGGCGAUGUGCUGUCAUAGAAGCCUAUGAUUGUAUCAAGCACUUGGUUCUUGAGAUUGUCAAGCGUAACACUGAUGAACAUUCCAUUUUGACAGUCUUGUUUCAAGAAAUUGAUCACUCUCUUCAGAUUGAGAAGUUCACUAAAACAUUUAAAAUGACUGCACUUCCACAGCUGCAUACCAAAUUAAUUCACCUUGUUCAGCUUCUGAACAAGCCUAAGAAAGAUCCUAACCAGGUGGUAAAUACUCUACAAGCUCUUUAUGAGAUUGUUGUUCGAGAUUUUUUCAAAGACAAGAGAAGCACCGAGCAGCUGAGGGAAGAUGGUUUGGCUCCUCCUGCUUCUAUGGCAGGGUUGCUUUUUGAGGAUGCUGUUAAAUUACCUGAUCCUGAUAAUGAAACCUUCUAUCGUCAGGUUCGGCGCUUACAUACAAUUCUCACCUCGCGGGACUCUAUGCAGAAUAUACCAGUUAACCUUGAGGCAAGACGUAGAAUUGCCUUCUUUAGUAACUCCCUGUUUAUGAACAUUCCUCACGCCCCCCAAGUUGAGAAAAUGAUGGCUUUCAGUGUUCUCACCCCUUACUAUAGUGAGGAAGUAUUAUACAACAAAGAGCAACUGAGAACGGAGAAUGAAGAUGGUAUUUCAACCCUGUAUUAUUUACAGACAAUUUAUGUCGACGAGUGGAAAAAUUUCAUGGAGAGGAUGCGCCGAGAAGGACUGGUGAAGGAUGAUGAAAUAUGGACGACUAAGUUGAGAGACCUGAGGCUUUGGGCUUCUUACAGGGGCCAGACACUUUCUCGAACCGUGAGGGGAAUGAUGUAUUACUACCGGGCACUUAAAAUGUUGGCUUUUCUGGAUUCUGCAUCAGAGAUGGACAUUCGGGAAGGAUCACGAGAACUUGGUUCGAUGAGGCGUGAUAUUGGUUUGGAUGGUUUUGGCUCUGAAAGAUCACCCUCUUCAAGGAGUUUAAGUAGAACAGGCAGUUCUGUCAAUUUGUUAUUCAAAGGCCAUGAGUAUGGUACUGCUUUGAUGAAAUAUACAUAUGUGGUAGCUUGCCAGAUUUAUGGAACACAGAAGGCAAAAAAAGAUCCUCAUGCUGAGGAAAUUUUGUAUUUAAUGAAAAACAAUGAAGCUCUUCGAGUGGCCUAUGUUGAUGAGGUUUCAAGUGGCAGGGAUGAAAAAGAGUAUUAUUCUGUUCUUGUGAAGUAUGAUCAUCAAUUACAGAAGGAAGUGGAAAUCUACCGUGUAAAGUUGCCAGGUCCCUUAAAGCUUGGAGAGGGAAAACCUGAGAAUCAAAAUCAUGCCAUUAUCUUCACUCGUGGUGAUGCGGUUCAGACUAUUGACAUGAACCAAGACAAUUAUUUUGAGGAGGCACUCAAAAUGAGGAAUCUAUUGGAAGAAUAUAGGCACUACUAUGGUAUUCGGAAGCCUACAAUCUUGGGAGUCAGGGAACAUGUUUUUACUGGUUCUGUUUCAUCACUGGCUUGGUUUAUGUCUGCUCAGGAAACAAGUUUUGUCACCUUGGGGCAGCGUGUUUUGGCUAACCCAUUGAAAGUUCGUAUGCAUUAUGGCCAUCCGGAUGUGUUUGACAGAUUCUGGUUUUUGACUCGAGGUGGCAUCAGUAAAGCUUCCAGGGUGAUUAACAUCAGUGAAGACAUCUUUGCUGGCUUUAAUUGCACUUUGCGUGGUGGCAACGUCACACACCAUGAAUACAUACAAGUUGGCAAGGGAAGGGAUGUUGGGUUGAACCAGAUUUCCAUGUUUGAAGCCAAGGUUGCAAGUGGAAAUGGGGAACAAGUCCUGAGCAGAGAUGUCUACAGGUUGGGUCAUAGGCUGGACUUCUUCCGAAUGCUGUCAUUUUUCUAUACUACUGUGGGAUUCUUUUUCAGCACAAUGCUGGUUGUUCUGACUGUGUAUGCAUUUUUAUGGGGUCGACUGUAUUUGGCACUUAGUGGCGUUGAGGGUUCUGCUCUAGGAAGCAACAGUAACAAUAAAGCACUUGGUACAAUCUUGAAUCAGCAGUUCAUAAUCCAACUUGGUCUGUUCACUGCUCUUCCAAUGAUAGUGGAGAAUUCUCUUGAGCAUGGGUUCCUUCAAGCUUUAUGGGAUUUUUUGACAAUGCAACUCGAGCUUUCAUCUGUUUUCUACACAUUCUCAAUGGGAACUCGUACCCAUUUCUUUGGCAGGACUAUUCUUCAUGGUGGUGCAAAGUAUCGUGCAACUGGGCGUGGCUUUGUUGUGCAGCACAAAAGUUUUGCUGAAAACUAUAGACUCUAUGCUCGUAGCCAUUUUGUGAAAGCUAUUGAGCUUGGGCUGAUACUUAUAGUUUACGCAGCGCACAGUCCGGUAGCUAAAGACUCAUUUGUUUACAUAGCAAUGACCAUCUUUAGCUGGUUCUUGGUUGUAUCAUGGAUUAUGGCUCCCUUUGUUUUUAAUCCUUCUGGUUUUGAUUGGUUGAAGACUGUAGAUGACUUUGAUGAUUUUAUGAGCUGGAUUUGGUAUCGGGGCAGUGUGUUUGCAAAAGCUGAACAGAGCUGGGAAAGAUGGUGGUAUGAGGAGCAGGAUCAUCUGAGGACCACUGGUAAGUUGGGCAAGGUGCUGGAGGUAAUUCUAGACCUUCGUUUCUUCUUCUUCCAGUAUGGAAUUGUAUACCAGCUUGACAUUGCUUCUGGAAGUACCAGCUUUCUUGUCUACGCAUUGUCUUGGAUCUUUGUUUUUGUGGCCUUUGGGGUAUUUGUUGUUAUAGUUUAUGCUCGGGAUAAAUAUGCAGCAAAAGAACACAUAUACUAUCGUAUGGUUCAGUUUCUUGUCAUCAUACUUGCGAUACUUGUGAUUAUUGCUCUUCUGGAAUUCACAAAUUUCAAUUUCUUGGAUAUUUUCACUAGUCUUUUGGCAUUCAUUCCCACUGGGUGGGGCCUGAUAUUGGUUGCACAAGUACUCCGACCUGCACUGCAGUCUACUAUAGUCUGGGAUAUGGUUGUCUCUGUGUCACGACUAUACGAUAUAAUGUUUGGAGUUAUUGUUAUGGCUCCUGUGGCACUGCUAUCAUGGCUUCCUGGAUUUCAGUCCAUGCAGACUAGGAUACUGUUCAAUGAGGCAUUCAGCAGGGGCCUCAGGAUAUUCCAGAUUGUUACGGGCAAAAAGUCCAAGGUUGAUUUGUGAUUUGAGGGAUCAUGAUCUUCCAUUGUACUGUGCCUUUUGUUGAACCUGAUUUUAAACUGGACAAUUUGUAGGCAUUGGUAGAUCUUCCACAUCUUGCUAAAGAUUUAAUAAUGUUAUGCAGCUUUGAUGUCACCAUGAGGCGAACCAAUACUACAAGUUGAGAGAUUAGACCAUUUUGACUUGCAGAGGACUUGUUUGUAUCUUAGGGCUUGUACUUAUUUCAGAUGAUGAGGGAGAGGAAAACACGCGUCGUUUCUUCAUUGCUACCUCUAUCAUCGCAUUGCUUGUAAUUAGUCAUGUUUUUCAUACUUAAAAAAAGGAAAAAUGAAUGUCCAGUUGGGGAGCUUUCGGUUAACCCUCCCAUAUUGAAAAGGUAUAGCUCGUCCCAUUUGUCUAUACUAGCGUGCUAGUUAAUUCUGAUUGUUAGAACAUUUUUUAUUCUUUUGUUAGAAAUGCAGUCUGUUUCUUGACUAGUUAUUCGUCUGUCUUGUUUUCAAUCUCCAAGACCAGUAAUUUAUCGGUUUAUAUAUCCCCAUGCUUACGCGGAUGAAAAUGUUGAGAAUGAAAACAUUGUGGAUAUGCUUUUUGGAGUU